AAGAUUACAAUAAAUAAUCUUUUUAUUUAUAUAUUUCUUAAAUAAGUAUUAACAAAACAGCAGUAUAACUUAUCAAUAAAAAGUAGCAAAGCUUGUUACCAUUAAUUUAUAAAUUAGUGUAUUUGGAUGCAGAGAAAUAUUUCAACUCCAGUGAUUUCUAAGAAACAAUCUAUACAUGUGCCUGAUUAUAUGAUUUGCAACCAAAUAGAAUAGAUUUAAACUGCAAAUGUUGGCUCAUUCAGCUCUAAUUUGUCUUAAAAUAAUAUUUAAGGCAAUUAAUUGUAUAUAGCUUCAGCAUCAAAUUCUUACUUAUCUUAACUACUGUGCAAUAAUACUCCUCUUACAAGUGCGUUAUCUGCAGCUGUUUAUUGUUAAAACAGACUGAUUUAUAAUAAAAACGGAUCUGAGGCUUUAGAAAUUGCAUCCCUUACUAAGGUCAUGACUUUUUUUACUUCACUAAAAUUAAGUGCUAAGCAUGAACUCGACCCACAAAGUGUUUAUGUCAGAGUUCCAAAAGCUGCAGCAUUUAUUUGCGGCACAUCAGCGUGUCUUCGAAAUGGUGAAUAUAUUAAACUCUGUGACUUGUUUUAUGCUCUAAUGCUUCCUUCUGGGAAUGAUGCUGCUUGCACUUUAGCAAAUUUUUUUGGAUAACUUGAACGUAGAAGAGCUAAUUCUUCUUCAGCCUUUUUAGAUUAAUAAGCAGCAUAAAUAUUGAUAAAAUUGUAUGGAUUAAUUGAAAUUAACCAAUAAGAAAGCAGCUAGAAGCAUGAGUCUAGAGAAUCUGAAAUUUCUACUGAUGCUUAAGAGUAAGAUUCUAAGGAUAGUGGAGAAGACGAACGCAGGAGUUCAACAUAUUCAUAGGGAGUUAAAAUAAAGGAAAGCAAUUAAAUUCAAUAAAUUCAAUUUGAUUAAUUGUCAUAGUAAGCAGAUUUAAUGCAUAUUAACCUAGAGUAAUAAAAAUAACAAAUAUUGAACAACACUUAAAGUGAAAAUCCAAGUAAUUAAAACAAAAACAGUAAUGAAGAUUAUAAAUUUCAUUAGUAAUAGGGUGAUGUUUAAGAGAAUAUGAAAUUCUUUGUAAAGAUAAUGAACUAAGAGGCUUAAAAACUAUAAAUGCGUAACACUUAAUACUCAAAUCCACAUGGAUUAAGCGAUAAAGGUAACAAGAGCUCUGCAAUAGAUUAUGGAAGACUUUGCUAUGCAGCUAUGUCUUCCUUCGCUUUGUUUAGAUAAGUGGUGAAAACUCCAUUGUAUUCUUGUAAAAUACUCUUGAAUAAGGACUUAAUAUAAAAUAAAAAAAAUUCUCUUCAAACUCCUACAAAUUAGAAUAAGACUCUUUCUGUGUAAACUAUGAGAAAUGCUUAAUGGGAAAAUACUAAUAAACUACUUUUGCGUAAUUCACAUUUUAUUGGAAUUAAAACAGGAAAUACCCCAAACGCUGGUCCAUGCUUAGCUACUCACUAUUAGAAAAAUGGAAUCGACAUUCAAGUCAUUGUAUUAAAGUGUAAAGAUUCUGAAAAAAGAUGGGUAGAUAGCUAGAAAUUAGCAGAGUGGGCUUAUUAAUAAAUACUUUAAGAUUGCACACAAACACUUUAGACUGAGAAUAAUUGUGCGAAUCAGAGACUUAUGUCAGCACAAAGAAAUCGUAAAAUAAAAAUUUAGUAGUAGUACUAAGAUGAAUUUACUAAAUUGCUACAGUAAAAUAAAGAAGAAGAUCCAAGCAGUAAAUCUUAAUUAAUUUCUGAUUUUAAUUUAAGAUACAGACCUAAAACUACACUUUAGACUGAACAUUCUCUAAAUAAGUCUUAAUUUAACAUAAGAGGUAUUACUUAGAACAAAAUUCCACCUCCUCAACCUUUUCAUCAAAAAUGUAACUCAUAAAAUUAGUUAAAUUAAGAUUAGCAAAGGAAUAAGAGCAUAUGCAAAAGUGGUCCUGUCUCUUCACAAUUUGCAAUCUAGAAUAAUAGAAAAAAUGUAUCCAGCAUUGCCUUAAUUAAUGAUGAUAAUAAUAAUAAUAAUAUAAACAAAUUAAAGCUUGAUAUAAACAAUUCUUAGAAUGCUAUAAAUAACUCUUAGAACGCUAUAAAUAACUCUUAAAAUGCUAUUAAUAACUCUUAGAAUGUUAUUAAUAAUUCUUAAUAUAAUAUUAGAGCCAACAUAGGCUAAUUGUAUCAAAGAGAAACAGAUCGCUAUGAUGUUCAGAGCAACUCAAGUUCAAUUUAAAUAAUUAGCUGUGACGAUUUAGAAUAAAAAAAUGACUAAGAAGAUAUUUACAUAGAGGAAGACAACAACUUAAGUUUUGAAAAAAAUGAUAAUUAUAAAGCAAACGACAUAUAAAUGCUAUCUGAUUCAUUCUAAGAGAAUAUGGAAGACCUCCUUCAUUUAAAAACUUAAAGCUAAAAAGUUAUAGUUGGCGUAAGUAAGUUAAGCAGUGUAGAUAUAUUAAAUGGGAUUGAAAAGAAAUUUUCUUCUCAAAAUAAUUUAGAUUAAGAGAUAUAAACUACUAUAAGCAGCUAUAGAUAGAUUUAAAUAAAAACAAAGAAUCAGUAAAUUAAUUAAAAAAAGCCUUAAACAGCGAUUUUUAAGAUAUCUAAGGAGACUGCUAAAGAAUCUGAUUCAUCAAAUUUAAAUAAAAGUAAUAUUCAAAAUAAAUUAAUUAGUCCUAGAAGAAGGAUAAUAAAUGCUAAAUUUUAAGUAAGUAGUGUAGACCUUACAGAGAAUACUAAGAGUUCAAAUAAUUAAGCUCAAAAGAUAGGACAGAAUCGAGUUAAUAUUUCAACAAGCUCAUAAAAGAGAUCGAAUAGUGGAAAGCAAUUCUGUCUUAAUCUAAUUUAAGCUAAUAAAAAUCUACAAAUAGAUACCUAACAAAAUAGUAUUAUUAAAAAUUAAUAAACCAAACAAUAUAAUUCUACAAAAAAUGUACAAUUUGCAAAAUAAUUGCCACCAAUUACUAAUAAAAGUAUUAUAAUAUCAAAUACUAAAUUUACGGAAGACACCGUUUCUCCACCAAAAUAAAUCUAAAAAAGCUUGAAUCAGAGUGUAAUAAAAACAAUCUUUUAAUGA